UAGUUUGUCCCUCCCCGUCUGCCGUCGCCGGCCUUAUCAUCACAUACCGGAAACAGGGAGGUCCUUUUCCCCGCAGACCUCAACAUGGCAAGAGGACCGAAGAAGCACCUGAAGCGCGUCGCAGCGCCAAAGCACUGGAUGCUUGACAAGCUCACUGGAGUGUUCGCUCCUCGUCCCUCCACCGGUCCCCACAAGCUGAGGGAGUGCCUGCCCCUCAUCAUCUUCCUGAGGAAUCGCCUCAAGUACGCCCUGACCGGGGAUGAGGUGAAGAAGAUCUGCAUGCAGAGGUUCAUCAAGAUCGACGGCAAAGUCCGCACCGAUGUCACCUACCCCGCUGGAUUCAUGGAUGUGAUCAGCAUCGAGAAGACCGGUGAGCACUUCCGUCUGAUCUACGAUGUGAAGGGACGUUUCACCGUCCACCGCAUCACCGCCGAGGAGGCCAAGUACAAGCUGUGCAAGGUGAAGAAGCUCAUGGUCGGCACCAAGGGAAUCCCCGCCCUGGUGACCCACGACGCCCGCACCAUCCGCUACCCCGACCCCCUCAUCAAGGUCAACGACACCGUCCGCAUUGACCUGGACACCGGCAAGAUCACAGACUUCAUCAAGUUUGACACCAGUAACCUGUGUAUGGUGACCGGUGGCGCUAACUUGGGGCGUAUCGGUGUGAUCACCAACAGGGAGCGUCACCCUGGAUCCUUCGACGUCGUGCACGUUAAGGACAGCACCGGAAACAGCUUUGCUACCAGGCUCUCCAACAUCUUUGUCAUCGGCAAGGUGAAGAACAAAAACAGUGUCUUAUUGGGGGUAGAAUCGCUUCUGUGUUUAGGGAUUUGAAUCAAUGCAGUCAGAGGAUUUACAGACAUUGAAAUCAGAUUUGGAGCAAUGAUGACGUUUUUGGUUUUGAUCAGCCUUGAAAAUACACAACCAAUCCUCUAAGAAGUUCUGAGCUCCGUUAACAAUCUGCAGCUGAAAACACGCCGUCUGAAGCUCAUCUUUUUAUCCUCCUACAUUUCCAAACCUCUGGUGUUUUACAAGCCGAGUAAACUAAAGACGAUGGAGAGCUUUAAGAGUUCAUGGAUCACACAGCAAGUUUAUACAACCCUUAUUUUAACAUUUUAAAGAGCUGUUCUUUCAAAACUUAAACAAGAAACCCUGAAAGUGAAAAAAAGCAAAGGAAGAAGCUUUGUUAUAUUUCCAGGUUUAGUUCUACACAAUACUCGGGCUCUCACCAGUUCAGCUCCCCUUUGUACCUCAUUAACAAACCACUGUUGUCUCCAUCCUCUCCUCUCCAG